UCCACAUAAACCCCUCCUCCCCUCCUUUCCCAACCUUCUUCGACCUCUCUCUGGUUCGCGCGUUCCGCCGCCGCUGCCGCCGCCGCCGCCGCCGCCGUCAGCUAAGUUUACGUCCCCCUUCUCUCUCUCUCUCUCCCUCUGCUGUCUUUCCGCUGCGUUGUCGCCGUUUUCGUGUUCCCCUUCGUUGCGUUGGGCUGAGAAUCGGAGGGUACUGGUCGAGGGCUUGUGGGAGAUGGUCUAGGAUUUUUCAGAUGUGGGAAACCGAGUCAUGAACUACGCGAUCCUCAUGUUCCGGGUGCGGAUCGUCCACUCCUUCUCGGUGGUGUUCCUCUACUGGUUCUACGUCUUCUCAUGAACGCCCGUCUCUCUCUCUCUCCGAUUGAUCGCGAUUCGUACCUCCCUUUGAUUCCAUCGGAAUUCGUUGUCUGAGACAAAAGCGAAUUAACUCCCGGCACGCGGAGACCCUUUGAUCGGUCGUUUUCUGAAUCGAGUGAUUGAUUGAUCGCGGGGAGAGGCCCUCGAAAAUGGGUUCGGUUCGGCGUCAGGCGAGCUCGGGAACCGAUGGCGACCCGAGGCUCGGUGGGGUGGCCGAUGAUGAAAGGAAGAGGAAGAGGAUGGAGUCCAACAGGGAAUCCGCCAGGCGCUCCCGGAUGAGGAGGCAGAAGCAGCUGGAGGAUUCGGUCGGAGAAGUGGGGCAACUGCAGCAGGCUAACGCUCAGCUCGUGGCGAGUAUCAAUGCGGCUGCGCAGAAGUAUGCUGAGGUCGAGUCGGCGAACAAUGUCCUCAGGGCCCAGGCCAUGGAACUUACCGACAGGCUCCGGUCCUUGAACUCGGUGCUUGAGAUUGCGGAGGCGGUCAGUGGGCUCGCGUUUGAUAUUCCCGAGAUACCCGACCCGUUGAUGAAGCCCUGGCAGAUCCCAUGUCCGAUACAACCUAUAAUGGCGUCCGCAGACCUGUUUGAGUGCUGAUGUAUCGAUUGCUGUUGCAAAUGUGGAACGAGCACUUUGGAUUUUAGUCUCUUUACCUCUGUGUUUCAUGUGUAUAUUGUCCGAUGUCUCUGAUGUCCGUCUCAUCGGCAGCGGUAAAAUGUCGACUUCGUGUCUGAUGACUGGAUAGGCUCUCUUUUUUGUACAAUUGGGUGUCGUUUUUCACCCUCAUUAGCUUGUGAAAUUUGUAUGAUGAUGAAUGGUUGUAACAAACCUAUAUCAGCAAUUUGUGGACAAAGACAUGUUGCUAUGCUGUAUCCCCGUGCUUCUUUCAGUAGGAUAUGGAUUUCUCAGUUUUUCA